AUGACACCCAACAGCAGAGAAAAAGGUAGGUUGCCCAGUCAGCCUGUCCAACCCCAUGGAGGACAGUUUGUGGUUCAUGACUUGCCUCCUGCUGAUGCUAAGGUAAUUAUGACUUUGCGCAAUAAGAGAGAGGUCGAAACCCGACUAGAGAAAGUGAAGCCGAAAGAGCAUUUGGCUCCCUCCGACCCUGAUGACUUUGGGAAGGAGAGUUCACAGAGUAAAGAGGGAACCCCUCUAGUCACACCUGCAUCACCCACUUCCGUGUCAGCGGGCCCCAAUGUGCCACCUUAUGUGCCUGAAGCCCCGUUCCCAUCCUGUUCGAAUGCACCAUCUCCCUUUCCUAAGAGGGGAGCAUCUAUGGAGGAUAUCCUUGAGGUUUUUAAGCAAGUCAAAGUAAACAUUCCUCUCCUAGAUGCGAUCAAACAAGUCCCCACUUAUGCUAAGUUUUUGAAGAACCUCUGUACUCAAAAGAGGAAAUGUAAAACCAAUGUAUCGAAAAAGGUCCUUCUUACUGACCAAGUGAGCUCAGUGUUCCAAUCAAUUGCUCCCCCUAAGUUACAAGAUCCAGGCACCCCUACUAUUUCCAUAGGAAUAAGGAACCAUGUCAUUGAGCGAGCAUUGCUAGACUUAGGGGCUAGUGUCAAUUUGAUACCUUACUCGGUGUACGAACAAUUGAGGCUUGGGGAGUUGAAGCCCACGUCGGUUACCUUACAAUUAGCUGAUAGAUCCAUUAAGGUGCCACGUGGAGUAGUUGAGGACGUUCUUGUUAAGGUUAAUGAUUUUUACUUUUCGGCUGAUUUUAUAGUCCUUGACACAAAAUCGGUGCAAACCCUCAAAUAA